UUUUACGUCAUCCAGAGUUCCCACUGUGGCUAUACAUAUUGGCUCUCCCUCCACAUUUGCAUUGCUCUCAUCACCCUUGCUGCCUCUCUGGACAAAGGAAAGGCCAGGAAGCCUACCAGUGCUCUGAGCUUCAGGGAACACAGCUUCUGGGACACAGAGAAUCUUGACUCCUUGGCGUCCUCAUAGCUAUUCUCUCAGAGUACGGGCUGUUGAGAACUUGGAGACUCUGAAAGCUUGGGUUCGAGUCACAUUGGCACAAAGCACCUAAGUUUCCUGCUAUACUACGUGGAGUGAGGAAAUGCUCAAAGUCUCAGAGUGGUGACUCAGACUAACUGAAAAACCUAGCCACAAAAAAAAAAAAAAAAAAAAAAAAAAAAAAAAAAAAAAAAAGCCGGGCUUACUCCGUUUUACCUCGGCCAGCUUUCCCACUGUGGCUAUACAUAUUGGCUCUCCCUCCACAUUCGCUGUGCUCUUGAAUUCUCAUCACCCUUGCUGCCUCUCUGGACAAAGGAAAGGCCUGGAAGCCUACCAGUGCUCUGAGCUUCAGGGAACACAGCUUCUGGGACACAGAGAAUCUUGACUCCUUGGCGUCCUCAUAGCUAUUCUCUCAGAGUACGGGCUGUUGAGAACUUGGAGACUCUGAAAGCUUGGGGAGGACACACAACCUGAAGUUCUCUCUUUUGAACACCCUGGACUUCAAGCAACCCAGAUUCCGAGCCAAGAAUCUGAAGUCGGACAGAGUUGACGAGUUAUCUGAAGGACAGAUGGCUGGAAACCUCCCACGGUUGGUGGAAGAUGUAAAUCCACAGACAUUCACAGAGCCCUCUGUUCAGCUCAAGUGUCCAGGGAAUAUUUUUCAGGGAGGACGGCAUGCCAAGCCAGGAAGCUGGAAGGAUUCACAGCAUAUAAAAUGGUUGCUUUUGUCAUACUGGGAAGAACUGGAAAGCAGCAUCAAGACAGACAGAAGAAACAGAGAAAGUGCUAGAAUUUUGACCGAGUGUUCCUGAACAGUGCUCAAAUAUGAAAAUCAAGGUUCCAGAGCAUAGAAGCCAUACCAGGAGGGAGCUGGAGAAUGGAGAACACCCAUGUUAAAGCAGGAAAGGGGCCAGGCUGUGCCUCCUGGAAAAUGCUUUUCUGACCCUGACUGUCAACCCCAACAACUUCCACAUAAGAAAGGGGAGGGGAUGGUAUCAUAGGACAGAAUCAGAUGAAGUGAACCAAGCCAGUCUCAGAAUGACAAAUCUCAUACCAUUUCCUCUCAGUUGUGGUUCUUAGAGGGUAUAUAUUACACAUCUGAGAAACCGUGUGUGUGUGUGUGUGUGUGUGUGUGUGUGUGUGUGUGUGUGUGUGUGUGUAAAACAUGAAAGUAGAGCUGAAUUUAUCUAAGGGAGCAUAAGGGACAGAUGGGGCGGUGGCCUCAAAGACGUUGGACAGGAGUGCACACUCAGUGUACAGCAUUAAGUUAAAUGUCCUUUUGUAGGGCUACAGUAUUGGCUCAGAGUGAGGUAUCUUGUUGCUCUUAUAGAGAAUAGGGUCCAAUUCCUAGCACUUACAUAGGAGCUUACAAGCACCCUAUUUCCAGCCUCGAGGGAUCCAACAACUCUUCAGACCUUCAGUGGUAUCACGCAUCUCUGUGUCACGCGUACAUAUAUGCAGACAAAACACUCAUACACAUAAAAAUAUAAAAUACAUAAUUAGGCUAAAAUAUUUUAAACUUUCUUGUAAAACACAGUGCCGUGAACGUAGAAUGCAUAUACACAAUGAUGUUUUUUAAUCCAAAAUAGAAGAGGAUCGUACAGUCAUGACUGAAAAUUAGAAAAUUUAGUGAGUGUUCAUUAUUGUAGUCAGUUCAAAAUUGUCCCAACAGUCCCUAAACAAAUAUCACCUCUGACCUUCUCACUUGCUCAUCCACAGCAACUCAAAUGGUUGUGCUGUCUGGUAACGCUGGCCUCUAACUGGUUAGGUCCUUCUGUAAUGACUGUUUCUGUCUUGCAGGAAAGGAUUUCAUCUGGGAAGCAGAGACAGUAACUGCAAAAUGAGCAUCACUGUCGAUCAGGACACAGACUACGCUGAACUGGUUCUGUCUAUAGGAGAAAUCACACUUGGAGAGAAGACCAGGAAAUCAAUGAAAGAUAGUCAACGGAGAAAAAGAGAGGCCAAAACUUUCCAACAGGCUGUAUGUACCCUGUUGAAUUCUGGAGGAGGCGUGGCCAAGGCUCGCAUUAAAAAUCAAAACUACGACUUCAGCCGAGAUGGAGUAGGACAGGAUUUGGAAAAUUUCUUACCUCAUAUCCUGGAUUUUCCUCAUGAAUACCUAGACUUCAAGCAGGUCAAAGACUACUUUCUCAUGUUUGUGAAAGCAUGGAAGCUGAAACAGAAAGGUCCAGGGAUCACCACCUUGAAAACCAACUUGUACAUCAGAAGCAUCUCAUCCUCAAUUGAACUGAAAGCAGUCAAUGCAGUGAAGUUCCUCAAAUCCAGGAAAUGUUCUAAAGGGAGAUCAGAUUCCAGACUGAGUUCACCCGGAACAAUCGUCUGUAAUGAAGUACUAAAUGAAUGUCUUAACUUGUUUAACAGAGACUGUUUUACCUGUAAAGAGAAAUUCUGUUUCACUAAAGCCACACAUGCUGAAGUAAAAUUGACUCCUAAGGAAAACAUUUUAGAAAUCCUCCCUCAAACUGUUUCUUCAUUUGCAAACGCGGAUGGGGGAUAUUUGUUCAUUGGUUUGGAUGGCAAAACCCAGGAAAUUAUUGGCUUUGAAGCAGAGAAGAGCGACCUUGUGCAUCUAGAGAGUGAAAUAGAAAAGUGCAUCCGACAGCUGCCUGUCACUCACUUCUGUGAGGAGAGGGAGAAGAUCAAGUACACGUGCAAAUUCAUGGAAGUGCACAAACCCGGAGCUGCGUGUUCAUUCGUGUGUGCGCUCAGAGUGGAGAGAUUCUGCUGUGCAGUGUUCGCUGCAGAGCCCGAAUCCUGGCACGUGGAAGACAGCUGUGUGAAGAGGUUUACCGCAGAGGACUGGGUGAAACGCCAGAUGGAUGGCCCAGCAUGUUUCUCCAAGCAAGAUAAAGGCCCUCUUCAGUCAAGCCGACUGCCACACAGUCCCCGUAGCUGCUGUCCUGACAAUCCUGAUGCUCUUCAGCAGAGUGCUGGCCUUCCAGUGAUAUCUGGAAAGGUGAUAAGCUCUCCAGAAGCCCUCUGCGGGAAACUGUUCUCAACACAGGAAGCGCAUGAGCAGUUGCUCUGGGCACAGUUGGACUCGCUUCCUAAAGGAACGCUGGUCGUCACUAAGAGAUGGGCUUUGGAUCUACCCUUGCAAGACAAGCACGGAGUCAUCUUGGAUACGCUUCAUAUUCCCCAGGACAGUCUCCUGACCCUGCAUGGCUUUGUCCUGGGAGGUGAAGACCUGGAGGAUGACAGCACUCUUCUGAGGGAACUAGGCGCUGAGUUAAAGGGCUAUUAUAAACAAACCGCCGUAACACUAAAGCAGACGUUGGCAAACCAUGGUAGUUACACUGAGAAAAUAGGUAUCGCGAUAAAGAUAACAUACUUGGGUCAUAAUAAGGCAGUGUCCCUUUAUGAUUCAAGCUCGAAAAUACACUAUCCCACAAAAUAUUAUCUGACAACCGAGACAGCAAAGAACUUAGAAAAAGCUCUUGCUGAAAUCUUAGGGAGUCGUGAGUCUUUCUACAGUUUACCUAGGCAAAACUGUAGUGAUCAUUUUAUCUUUGCGUUUUUUCUUUCUUUUUCUUUUUUACUUGUUUUUCUUUUUUGGAGCUGGGGACUGAACCCAGAGCCUUGAACUUACUAGGCAAGCGCUCUACCACUGAGCUAAAUCCCCUACCCUUAUCUUUGCGUUUUUAAAGACGUGAUGUUAUAUAGUUUACUCUUUGAAGAAUUAUCCUAACUCCUGUUCAAGGCUGGCUUUGACAUAAAAGAAAAAAUGGUGUAUGGCACAGUGAUAUUUUACAAUAUGUAGGUUCUUCAAUUCUAUAAAAAUACGAAAAAUGUGACAUUGAGCUUUAUAGAAAUAAAACCAAUUCUGGAAAAGGAAUUGGCCAUUGGAGCUGGCAGUGACAAGCUAAGCAUUAAGAACAUGUCCCUGAGCCAUGCACCUGGCCCCUGCCUUUGAUUCCAGCACCUGGAGGAAGGCAGAACCUCCUGGUCUAUGUAAGAGUUCCAGGACAGCCACAGCUAUGCAGUGAGAGCCUCUCUCAACAUUUGUUAAUUAAUUAGCUAAUUAAUUAAUUAAGAAGUGUUUCUCCUCAUCUGCAUAGCCAUUCCUUCUUGCUAAUGAAAUGCAUGGUGCCUUUAAUGCACAGGAGACACUCUUCCUAGAGAAGUCAGUAAAGAAAAUGUUGAAAUACAUGGAUUAAUAUGGAAAAGUUUUUGUCAUGGUGUUACUAUCCAGCCUUGUGUGUUAUUGUUGUUAAAUACUUAAUUUGUAUGUGACAACCUGAGGAAAGGCUUUCCACAGAGGCAAAGGUCAGAAUAUGUGGAGAUUAAAUGGCAAAUGCUCACAACAUCAUGUACUAUAUACAAGAGAUUUCCAGAAAGAUCAAAGAGACAUUGAAACUGAAUACAAUUAUUUUCUGUGAGGAGAGUACAUUCUGUCUUAAAGGAAGACAUUGUAUCUCUUGGAUGGAACACAGUCCACAAAUCCUAGGCCAUGCUAGCAGUCUCUAUGGGGCUAUGUAUAGCAAGGCAUCUAUUUUUCUAUUUGAACCCUCAUUUCCUACGAGGUAUCGAUAAUAGGAUGUGAGAUGGUGAUAUUGCUCGUUUAAUCAUUGAUGUGCUGUAUUUUUCACGUUCAUAUUGUUGUGUUGUUUGUGCUGUAAAUAACGCCUGUAAAGGUAUUUACAGCAUUGGGUUUUCAUUAGAGUAUUACUCUUUAUUUGAGAUGUUGGUAUUUCCUUCAUAAAGAAAGAAGUGUCUUUAUUGUACAUGUACAUUUGUGAAGGAUAAACUCUCUCAACAUUCGGCCCUUAGCGGCUAUUGAUAAGCAGUGGUAACCUGUUGUGACUUUUGAUAGAGUUUAUCAAAAGACCGGUUGCCCUUCACGAGAGGUCUGAUGACUGGGCUAUGAGCUGGGUGCUCACAGCAACCAAUCCUCUUAGCCAUGUUUUCUCUUUUGAUCUAUUUCUUUAUCGAUAUGAUUUAUUUUUAAAAUCUACAUCGUUUUUCAUCUACUCUGUUCUCAGAACUGUGUUGUUAUGAAUAUAAUUCUUCUGCUUGUAUCUUUCUCUGAUGAAUCUUCAUUGUCUGACUUGGGGAGUUCUACUUACCAAACCUUGGACGCCAAACAAAUGUUCCACUCUUUUAAUAUGUUUCUAAAAUAAAUGAUCUUUACAAAACAUCA